AUGGGUGCUCUUCCCAUUGUCACUUCAACUGAGUUCAAGUCUCACUGUCAUCCAUCUCACCAAAUAUUUUGUUUAACCAAUUAUAUUCUCUUAAGUGCAUCGUCUAGUUGUAUCUUCCUUACCCUCUCUUUACGUCUAAUCCCAUCGUUAUACGGUGGCCUUUUCAUCCUCCUCCACAUUCUCACAAUCGCGGGUGCAGUGCCCAGUUGCACGGACACUGCAACCCUAGCGGGGUCCAACAAUUGGUAUGCCAUAUAUAUGGUAUCUACUGUUUUAACGGCAAUAUUUCAAGGAUCGUCUUCUGUGCUAAUUUUCACAAAGAGUUAUGACUUUUUAGGAGAAUUAAAGUCUUAUGUUAGAGAAGAAAAUGGUGUUGUGAUUUUGAAAUUGAUUGGUGGAUUGUCCAUUUUGAUAUUUUGCUUGGAAUGGGUUGUUUUGUUAUUGGCAUUUAUUUUAAGGUACAAUGCCUUUGUGGAAGGGAAUAAUGGUACAAAUUCUAAACAAGAAGAGACUUUGAAAGGCUAUCCUUGUCCAAUCCAAGUAUAAUAUUUCUGAAAGGCAGCUCGAUACACAAAACAUAUUUUGAAAUGAAA